AUGACUACUGCAAACCGUUGGAUUCUCGUUGUGGUAGAUAUUGAUUGUUCGAUCGAGUUUAAGGAUCGGACUGGUGAUGAGCCUUCACUAGUAACUCACGAAGACAAUGCUCCUCUGCAUAAACCGGUCACACUCUCUGGUCUAUUGAAUUUUGUAGACGAACUCUGGUCUAGUUGUGGUAACGAGCGGAUUAUAGUGUUCACGACUAAUUACAUAGAGAAACUGGAUCCGGCAUUGUUGAGGCCAGGACGUAUGGACAUGCACUACUGCACACCAGUCGAAUUAUCUCGAGAUCGAAGACCAUAUAUAUACUUUUCGAGCAGAUUGAAGAAUUUAUCCGAGAAACAGAAGUUACACCAGCAGAAAUAG